AAAUUGAAAUUGAGAGUGAGAGCAGUUGGGUUGUGUCUUAUCACUUGUUGUAUACACACCACCCUUCGCUGUCAGGCAGAAGGAAUUUCGAUUUCUAUACUACUUUCUCUGUCUCUCUCUUCUUGUGUUCUUUGUUAAUUCAACUUGAUUUCUCAUCUCUUUUCUGUGUCUAUCUCAAUUGAAUCAUGAUGGGUUUUUCAGUGAGAAGUUUAUAAGAUUGAAUUUUGAGAAGAGAGGGGUAGAAAAUGUCUUACAAAAGUAGAGGAAGUGGAGGAAUUGAGUUGCCUUCAAGAAGUUCUGUUUCUAAGAAAUGGACUCUUUUUCUUUGUCUUUGCUGUUUUUUAGCUGGAAUGUUCUUCACUAACAGGAUGUGGGAUAUUCCUGACGGAGAUGGAACUACAUCGACAGUGAGUACGAUGGACACAAAGAUUAAUCAGGAUUCAGAUGGUUGCAUAACAAAGCUUAGGGAUUUGAAGCGGGAACCACGGGAUAAUCUAGGGGAGGACAGUAAUGAUGCUGUACAGGCAUUGGAUAACACGAUUUCAAAUCUGGAGAUGGAAAUAGCUGUCGCGAGGGCAACACAAGAGUCUGUACUCAAUGGGUCUCCUGUAUCAGAAGGUCUGAAUGAUAUCGAAUCAACUGGGAAAAGAAAAUAUUUAAUGGUUAUCGGAAUAAAUACUGCUUUUAGUAGCAGAAAAAGGAGAGAUUCAGUUCGUGCUACGUGGAUGCCAUAUGGUGAUAAAAGAAAGCGCCUGGAGGAAGAGAAGGGUAUCAUUAUUCGCUUUGUUAUUGGCCACAGCUCCACUUAUGGUGGUAUCCUGGACAAAGCUAUGGAGGCAGAGGAGAGAAAACAUGGGGACUUCCUUAGGCUGGAUCAUGUUGAAGGGUACCUUGAGUUAUCUGCUAAGACGAAAAUUUAUUUUGCUACUGCUUUUUCUAUGUGGGAUGCAGAGUUUUACAUCAAGGUCGAUGAUGAUGUGCACGUAAAUAUAGGAACACUUGGAACAACGUUAGCUAUGCAUCAGUCAAAGAAACGGGUGUACAUUGGGUGCAUGAAAUCCGGCCCGGUCCUCGCACACAAGGGAGUCAGAUACCAUGAACCUGAGUACUGGAAAUUUGGCGAGGAAGGCAACAAAUAUUUCCGCCAUGCUACUGGUCAGUUAUAUGCAAUCUCGAAUGGUUUGGCCAGAUAUAUAUCCAUUAACCGACACUUGCUACACAAGUACGCAAAUGAAGAUGUUUCAUUGGGAGCUUGGUUUAUUGGUUUAGAUGUGGAGCACAUUGAUGAUCGCAGGCUCUGUUGUGGUACCCCUCCAGAUUGUGAGUGGAAGGCUCAAGCAGGCAAUCUUUGCGUUGCUUCUUUCGACUGGAGCUGUAGUGGGAUUUGUAGAUCUCAUGACAGGAUCAAGGAAGUUCACCGGCGGUGUGGGGAAGACCAAGGAAUUCAAGUCCAUUACAUUGAUUGAUCAUAACAGAGAACACACAGUAAAAGGUCUGGAGACUGGGAGGUUCUUCUCCCCACCAGUGUUGAUAGAGAGUAACUGAAACCGCACCUGCUUUGCAAGUGAGUCAGCCAAUUUAUUACACAUAUGACCAACUAGGAUACAAUUUGAAGUGUUUGUUAUACAUUGAAGUAGAGGUAGAUAUUGCCAAGGGUCAGACAAGGUUUUGUAGUUGAUAACUUCAGUAAGAGCUAACGAAACUUUUAGCUGCUUCAAGGAUAGCCGAAGACUGAGCUUGACGUACAUGUUGAGUUCAUUUUGAGAUUUUUAUCCCCUUAAGCAUCUCUUGUUAGCAGACCAAUACUAACUCAUAUCGAUUUUGAGGUAUCCGGGUGGAGGUGGUGGUAACUCAGGAAUAAAUGUAGGUGCCAGAAAACAACGUGUGGAAGAGAAAAAGUUAAGGAGAUGAAAGCCAGUGGUAUCGAACAAGAACAAAAAUGAUGUUUUACUUUGAAUAUUCUGAUGGAACAAUAUUCCAUCUUACUAUUUAUAACCUGAAACUUUUUAUCGUCUU